AAUGCCAAUCAUUUUGUCUCCUUUUGCAUUCCUCUUUCCCUUCCUCAAGUGCCACACCAAAUUGGUUGUAAAUAAAUCCUCCCAACGGUACAUCUCCGACGCCGAUGAAACCCGACCCGGCCGGCUGCACUCAUCAUGGUCAUGGAGCCUUCUUCCCGCCUGAAGUAUCUCCUUCCCUCUCUCCUCCUUCUCUUGUUCAUAUCUGGUUGCUUAAACUCGGUAGCUGGACCUGUCCCCGGAAACGAGUCGGACAGACUCGCCCUGCUCGACUUCAAGAGCCUCAUCACCCAGGACCCGCUCCAAAUCCUCAGCUCAUGGAACGGGUCGGUCCAUUUCUGCAACUGGGUCGGGGUUUUCUGCAACCCGUCAAACUCCAGGGUCCAGAUUUUGAGUCUCCAGUCUCAGAGAUUGAGCGGCUCCUUGCCUCCUUCAUUGGGCAACCUCUCUUACCUCACCGCCAUCAACCUCCGAAACAACAGCUUCCGCGGCCAAGUCCCUCCUCAAAUCGCCCGCCUCUCUCGCUUGCAGCAAAUCAACUUCACUUUCAAUUCCUUCUCCGGGGAAUUCCCUUCCAAUCUCAGCACUCCCGACCUCACUGUUCUUGACCUCGCCGGGAACAACUUCUCCGGCCAGAUUCCCGACUCCCUGGCGUCUAAGUCCAGGUUGGUUUGGCUGGACCUCGGCUUCAACAGCCUGACCGGAAUUGUCCCCAGAUGGCUGGGGAAUAUGUCUUCGCUCGCUGUUCUUUCGGUUGGUCCCAAUUAUUUAGUAGGAAAUGUACCGGACGAGCUCGGCAAGCUUUCCAGGCUGGGGUUCUUCCAGCUAUACGACAACUCUCUCACUGGUACCAUUCCUCCUGCGAUUUACAAUAUCUCGUCGCUCUACUACUUCUCUGUUGUUCAGAACCAAUUGCACGGCCAGCUUCCGACGGAUGUCGGCCUCACGCUGCCAAACCUGCGAACAUUUGCCGGCGGCGUGAAUAACUUUACCGGCGAGAUUCCUGUUUCAUUAGCGAAUGCAUCUGGGCUUCAGAUUAUCGAUUUUGCUCAGAAUGGCUUUACUGGGAAAAUUCCUCAUAGCCUGGGAGGUUUGCAAGGCUUAACCAGGCUUAAUUUUGAUCAGAAUAGGCUUGGAAGUUAUGACAUUGGAGGAAUGGACUUUCUUGCUGAUUCACUGUUUAAUUGCUCGAAUCUGGUGGUCCUGGGCUUGUCCAGAAACAAGUUUGGGGGAACUCUGUCAAACUCCAUAGCUAAUUUGUCCAGUCAACUGCAAAUCCUCACUCUGGGAGAGAAUCAGAUUUCAGGAACGAUUCCUGAUGGGAUAGGGAAUCUGGUGAGCUUGGCAAGUCUGGGUUUGGAAGGGAACUAUUUUACAGGCAGUGUACCAAACAGCAUUGGGAAGCUUCAGCAAUUGGAGGGUUUAAAUCUCAAUUACAAUAGAUUGUCUGGACAAAUUCCUUCCUCCAUUGGUAACUUGACCAGAUUGACCAGGCUUUUCAUGGAGGUAAACCGGCUAGAGGGAAGCAUUCCUCCCAGUCUGGGGAACUGUCAAAAUCUGCAGAAUUUGAAUAUUUCUUCCAACAGACUCAGUGGAAGCAUACCCAGAGAAGUUAUGGGGCUUUCCUCUCUCUCAAUUUCCUUGGUUUUGUCCAGUAAUUUCUUGACAGGUGGAAUACCACCUCAAGUUGGGAAUUUGAACAAUCUGAUGAACUUGGAUCUGUCAGGGAACAAGUUGACAGGUGAAAUCCCUGGAACAAUUGGCAGUUGUAUAAGCUUGGAGAGCCUAAGCUUGCAGGGGAAUGAUUUCCAAGGCAAAAUUCCAGAUUCUCUCAAAUCCUUGAGAGGGAUAAAGAGCCUGGACUUUUCAGGAAACAACUUUUCGGGUAACAUUCCUGAAUUCCUCACCACACUCUCUUCCCUCGCCCAUCUUAACCUCUCUGAGAACAAAUUCACAGGGGAAGUUCCAAGCAAAGGUAUAUUCGGAAACUACACAGCCUUCUCUAUAGCUAGAAAUUCCAGACUCUGCGGUGGAAUCCAAAAUUUACACCUGCCUUCAUGCACCCAGGAGACGAGGCAGAACAAACCCACUAAAUCUCUUAACCUCAAGAUCGUCAUUCCAGCAAUUUUGAUAGCCAUAUCUGCUGCUGUUAUGGCCUUUUGUCUUGCUGUAAUCCUUGUUAGAAAAAGAAGAAAGAAAGAAAGACCCUCAUCGGCAAGAAGCUUGGAAGUUGACCUUGCUUCAGAGCAGGACUACCAAAUAGGAGGCCUUUUAUCUUAUUCGGACCUCCUGAAAUCGACAGAUGGCUUUGCUGCUGAAAACUUGGUGGGUUCAGGAAGUUUUGGUUCUGUCUACAAGGGAGCCUUAUCUGAUGAAAGAACGACGGUGGCAGUUAAGGUUCUGAACCUUCAGCAGCAGGGUGCUUCGAAGAGCUUCCUGGACGAAUGCAAUGCUUUGAAAAACGUCAGGCACAGGAAUCUGGUUAAGAUCAUGAAUGUCUGCUCAACUGUAGAUCGACGAGGGAAUGAGUUCAAAGCUAUAGUCUUUGAGUUCAUGCCUAAUGGAAGUCUUGAAGAUUGGCUUCAUCAUCAAGACCGAGCUAGAAGGCUGAGCCUUGCGCAGAGACUUAACAUAGCUAUUGAUGUUGCUGCCGCACUGGAAUACCUACACCAUCAUUGCGAAACUCCGAUUGCUCACUGUGAUCUCAAACCCAGCAACAUACUUCUGGACCAGGACUUGACGGCACGCGUGGGUGACUUUGGAUUGGCAAGUUUUCUCUUUGAUGGAAACCAACCGUUGCUAUCAGUGAGCUUGAAGGGUUCAAUCGGCUACAUUCCUCCAGAGUAUGGACAGCGCGGCCGAGUUACAGUGAUGGGAGAUGUUUACAGCUUUGGGAUACUGAUUCUGGAGAUGUUCACAGGGAAAAGACCUACUGACGAAAUGUUCAAAGACGAUUUGAGCAUUCACCAGUUCGUGGCAAUGGCGUUGGCAAGGGGUCAUGUCAUUGACGUUGUUGAUGCAUCGAUGCUUGUUGAUGAAGAAAUAAAUGGUGGUGGUGAUGAUGAUGAUGAUGAUGAUGGCUGUGGAAGGGAAGAAGAGAAGGGAAUGAUGUGGGCUGCUGUGGGUACUCUUUCAGGGAAGGAAAAAGUUGGAGAAUGCUUGAUCGAAAUAAUGAGAGUCGGACUGGCUUGUUCUGUGACGUCUAGCGGGAAUCGGAUAGGAAUGAGCGUUGCUGUAAAUAAACUGCAAGAUAUUAGGGAUUCGUUGCGCAGAUGAUAAGGAGGCGAACUUCAAGAGGAGUCAACAAACCCAUUGAUCAGAUUGGCAAGCACAGUCAUUUUCUACCUGAAAACCAUAUCCAAUCUGUAGUUGCAAGAUAUGUAUAUAUAUUUCUUUCUUUGUUUUGGAUAGGUGUGACUGAGAUGUAUUGUAUUUGUGUAAAUCAGAUGUUACAACUUACAACACAAAUUUUUGUAAAGGGGAAGUUUUUUUUUUUUUUUUAUUGAGAUAAAAUUAAAGAAGUUGA